AUGGAGCCGCACAAUUUGCAGGCAGCGUCGACCUAUGUCAACAACAUUCUCCUGGCCCGAGGACUGUUGAAGAGUGGGGAGCCGAUUGACUUCGCCGAGCCCGACAAUGGCGAAGGAGGGACAGAGGCCACCAUGGCCCGAGUAAUCAACCUGGUCAAUGAUCUGGUCAUCAGGAGAGAUCGCGAAUCUGAGCACCGCGAGAACCUCGCGACAACGAUACGGACAUUGCGCGCAAGUGAGUCGGAGCAAACUAUGGAAAUGGGAAAACUAAAGAAUAAAACUUCCGAGUUGGCGCGGUCGCUGGCUCUAGCCGAAGCACAGGAACGUGCGCUCAAAUCAAAUAUUUCAAGCGCCGAAGCUACAGCGAGAGGGCUCAAAGAACAGGUUCAGCGUAUGAAGACAACCGUCCAGCAGGUUCGCGCGCAAUGUGCCAACGAUAUACGCAAGCGUGACCUGGAGAUGCAGAGGCUCAAGUCACAUUUGGCCGAGCGUCAACGAGGCAAGCGUGAAGGGCUGAGUGUGACCACCAUCAAUAUCAAUCCCGGUGCAGACAGAUCGCAACUAAGAAAUAGCGGCGGUGAACAGGUCAAUGACCCUGGGUACAGUUUGAAGCAGGAGACGACCGAAUUUUUGACGGAGCUGUGCCAGAAUCUCAGUGAUGAGAAUGACCAGCUGAUCGAGCUUGCGCGAAAUACAGUGCAAACGCUAAAGGAGCUGCAAGGGUUGCCGCAAUUUGAGGAUGCUGGUGAUGACGAGGAAAUUUCGGGAAUGGCAAGCGUUGGACCUCUGAAAUCGACUUCCGAUUCUGCCACUACACUUCCUACUUCGUGUGAAGAUCUGUCAACUCGCAUGGCGGCAGUGCUGGAUCACCUGCGGACCUUACUGACCAACCCGUCAUUUGUGCCGCUCGAGGAAGUCGAGAUCCGCGACGAAGAAAUCAAACGGCUACGCGAAAGCUGGGAAAAGAUGGAGAACCGGUGGAAGCAGGCUGUGACCAUGAUGGAUGGCUGGCAGAGGCGCCUGGCCAGCGGGGAUUCGGUGCAAGCGGAAGAAUUGAAGCGAGGCAUGAAUUUCGACUUCGUGAACUCAAUGCAAGAUAGCAGCAUGCAGGACCAGUCAGAAGCCAAAAACAUCUCGCCGAUCCUCGAGGACGAACAAGAAGAAGAUGCGAGCGACUCGGAAGACCGACUACCAGAAUCCGAAACAUCCAACCAGCAGAAACGAUCCAAGAUCCACAAGGUACCCGUGCGUCCCGAGCGGGCAUUGAGAGAACGUACCGACAACGCACCGAAGCGUUUGGCCCGUAAAGUCUCCUUUACACCUGGCCUACAAGGAUCGCCGUCCGAACACACUGGUACCGAAGAGGAAACACUGGAAAUCAAAGCUCACAAAGCCGCAUCUGUGACACGCAGACCAUCGCGACGGAAGACAGAAACCAAGCUAUCGUGUGAGGUCAAUCCCAAAGAUACACGAAGCAUCCCCCAAAAGCUCGCCGGGGCCGAAGAUGACGCUCGAACCGCCGAACAAUCACGCAAGGAGCGCGAAUCUCGAAAGCGAAGCCGGCCUGACAAGGUGUCUAGCAGGACAGGAACCCGGCGUCGGAGUACCCUGGACAACGAUGAGCUAAACGAACUGAUGGGCAGGUCGGCCCGGUGA